AUGUACAAAUCUAAAUCGAGCACCAGCAGCAGCAACACCAGCAAGCCAUUCAAGCCUCCGCUGCUUAAUCCGAAUCGUCCAACCAACUCAAAGCCCAGGAAUUCGCAAUUGCUGUUCAAGUACAAGCAACUCAGCCACGCCACCAGCAUCCACAGGCACCAAAAGCUGUCCACGCUAUCCACGCUUAUCGACAAGUGGCUGCAAAUAUCGCAAUCCACCUCCCUGCAGCUCUUCGACCUUGUCAAUUACAACGAUGACCUCAUUUUCCCAGAUUUCCUAGCCACGCUGGCCAUUGAUCCCGAUAAGCUGCGGUGGGAUGCUGAGGCUGAGGAAUUCCAAAUACCUGGGGAGUGA